GCUAAUUUUCUUCUGCCGUACCGUGCCGUACCUCCCACGCCGGUGCACAUUUUAAGCAUCCAUGCGCACUCGGAACAAGGUAGAAAAAUCAGUAGGAAGCACCUCUAUAUAAGUCGGAUACAGUUUGGAGCGCAUUUCGAAAUUUGUAGAAUCAGUGUUCGCUACUGAGUGGAGAACAAACAAUGGACGACGACGCAGGAGAAAUAUCGAGCUUCGUAGUCGGUUUGAUCGAGAACAGAGCCAAGGAGGUUGGAGUGGCUGCCUUUGACUUGAGGUCAGCUUCGCUCCAUCUUUCUCAAUACAUUGAAACUAGCAGUUCAUAUCAGAACACAAAGACAUUGCUGCAUUUCUAUGAUCCAAUGGUGAUUAUCGUUCCUCCUAGCAAGCUUGCACCUGAUGGAAUGGUUGGAGUCUCAAUACUGGUGGACAGAUUUUAUUCAUCAAUUAAGAAGGUCAUAAUGGCCCGUGGUUGCUUUGAUGACACCAAGGGGGCUGUGCUGGUUAAAAAUUUAGCGGCCAAGGAACCAUCAGCACUUGGUUUGGAUACUUACUACAAGCAAUAUUAUCUUUGCCUAGCUGCAGCUUCUGCAACUUUUAAGUGGUACUACAAAACUUUAGCCCUUUAGGAGUUAGACAUGAAAUAAGUGUUUAUUUCUUGUUUAGUUCAUCCCAACAAGUGAAAGGAUAAGAUAUAUAUUCUUGCUCAGCAGUCAUGGCUUCAUGAAAUUCAGGUUUUAUGAGUGCUAUAAAAUCAGUCUUGAACAAU